AUGAUGGAAAGUAUUGGUGACUAUAAAACAUGCGCCAAGAUAUCCCAACAACGAGCCCCGCCAUCCUCCUCAGUGAAUCGUGCGAUUAUUGCUGAAGGAAUUGGCAGUUUGAUAGGUGCUUCAGUAGGACUUGGUACCGGCAUCACUGCCUAUGCUGAGUGUAUCGCGUUGAUGAACGUCACUAGGGUAAGUUCCUGCAAUGCUGACAAAGUUCGAUGAAA